CCCUGCUCAGUUCACCUUCCGAACUCCAAAGAAAGCGGCGAGAGAGAUUGCGAGAAGCCAGGAAGGGGGGAGCCAAUGGCGGAGGCGACGCCGUACGAGGAGCAGCGGAGGAGGCAGGUGGAGGAGAACAAGCGGAAGCUGGAGGAGCUGCGCCUGCACCACCUCUCCGCCGCCGUCCGCGAAGCCGCCGCCAAGCCGUCGCCGACCAAGCAGCGGAAGAGGAAGGCGCGUGCGACGCCGGGCGCCGGCGAGGAUGUCCCGCUCCGGCGGUCCGGCCGCGUCGCCAGCCUACCCGAGAGGCCCAAGUACCAAGACGAGUUCCAAGAUUUCGGGAAGAAGAUAAGGAGGUCUUAUGGCGGCAAGAGGAGAUACUUGUCCAAUCGAGUGUACGCAACCGACGAGGAAAGGGAACACGCCAUCACCGCUGCCCAAGAGCUGGAAGAGGAGCUCGGCUCCGAUCACCCCAUCUUCGUCAAGCCCAUGCUUCAGUCUCAUGUCACUGGAGGAUUCUGGCUGGGCCUCCCGACGCAUUUCAGCCGCAAGUAUCUCCCGAAGCGCGAUGAGAGGAUUGUUUUGGUUGAUGAGGCUGAUGAUGAAUUUGACACCCUCUACCUUGCCAACAAGAGGGGGCUGAGUGGCGGGUGGAGAGGGUUUUCCAUUGCUCACAAGCUAGUUGAUGGAGAUUGUUUGGUGUUCCAACUGAUCCAGCGGACAAAGUUCAAGGUUUACAUAAUUAGAGCAAGUUCCUACUAUGAAACUGACAGCUGAUGUCGAAGCUUCUAAUGUCUGUGAUUAGAGCACAGCUGCAGUCAAUUAGGCCGCCCUAAAUUGGAGAUUGCAAUCCAUCUUCAGUCUUUUGGAUGAGGAACGAUGUUCAAAAUAUUAAUUUGACAUGUUCUCAGCUAGCUAUUAGGUUAUUUGUGGACUAGCCAUUCCCAGUCUUUUGGAUGCAAACAAUGUUCAAAGUUUCAAGUUGCCAUGUCACCUGCAUUAGCUUGUUAACUUGAACUUGCACAGUUCAGAAACCUAUACCAUGUAACACGAUACCAAAACAUUAAUUUGGCACAUCACGUAGGAACUCUACAUGUGAUGCCUAUUCUGAAU